AUGUUUAAUCGAACUCAGAUUUCGUCUGACAAUACUAAUCUAUCCUUUCCAUACGACUCCUGCUUAACAGACAAUCACCUUUAUGGUACUCGGGUGGCAUCGGGUUCCUGUGAUUUUUAUUCGGACUUGAGAUUCAGAUUGUGCCUUUUGUCAGUGUAUGUGAAUAAAGCACUUGAGGAGAACUUAAAAUCUGAUUUACCCGUUCGACCAGAUGAAGCACAGAAAUUCGCUACGUUUGCCUGCCAGUGGUUGAGAUAUUUCAUUAAUCCUAUUGAUGGGAUCAGAAAACCUAAAUAUUUUGAAGCGAAGGCUGGUCAGUUAAUUACAUUAGCUAUUAUACGGUAUUAUCCAAAUCAUUGGUCUUCUCUUUUUGACGAUCUUUUGGGAAUACUAGUUGAAGCAACAGAUGGACAAGUCAGUGAAAGAAAUAAGUCUGAUGUAGUGGCUGUCGAUCUGUUCCUUGAUAUUCUUAUUGAUUUAGACAGCUAUAUCAUAUCAAGAAAUGUACAGUUAACCACCGAGGAACUCAGACGAAGUAAUGAGCUCAAAGAUGCAAUGCGUGAAUCAUGUAUUGGCUCACUGAUUCAUACAUGCUAUCAAUUGAUAUAUCGAUUUCUUAAUUCAUGUCAAUCGAAUGCAUUUCUGAUUCGCAAAAUUCUUCAUACCAUUGGUUUAUAUGCAUCAUGGGUUGAUUUGACGCUUGUGGCCAAUACAGAAUGGAUUACAUUAUUAAGCCGAUUAUUACAAUUAUCAGUUGAUAAUAAUAAUGAUAAUAAUUCAGCAAAUGCAAUCAUCCGUUGCGGGAUUUAUUUAUAUUUGAUAGGUUUUGUAAAUAAAGGUAUGCAAGUAAUUGACAAAUUAAGGUUGUUAACUGGUAUUUGGGAACAGUUAGGAUCUAUGUUAAUUAAUGAUCCAAAUAUAUCAAAUUUCAUGAUGAAUUCAGCUAACGACACUUGUGACAACUUGAAUGAAGAUCAAUUAGAAUCCUUAUCUACAUUUGCUACUUUGAUCGAUGCAAUGGGAAAUCAAUUAUUGUCUGUGUACAGGAACUUGUACGAAGCAACUUGGCUAAAUAACAGCUCAAAUCAAGCUAAUAAUCAGUUUCGAUCCGAAUCAGAUAAUAAUUCAUUCUUACCCAUUGCAUUGGAAGCCUUGGAAGACCGAUUAAACGUUGCUGUGCGUUUAUUUGAACAUAAAGAACAACAAAUCAGCCAAGUGGUUACACCAUUUCUUCGCUCUUAUCUGGGUCUAUUGAAAAGCGUUGUAAAUCAUCCGUCCGAAAAUCUUUUAUCACCAGGAGGUGGACGUCGUUCACGUAAUCGUAAUAGUUCAACUUCAUUGGAUUCUACAAAUCCUUUAUGGUUGAACAGUACUACAUCACCUGGUCAUCUGGAAAUAAAUGAAAUCAGAUCAUUUUUUGUUAAACGUCUUCUAUUUGCAUGUAUAGAUAAGAUGAAGUGUCUUCCGAUUCGUGAUAAUCAAGGAGAUGAUGAUGAGAGUGAAUAUGAGGAAUACCGACAUGAACUACGCACACUAAUUGGAAAUAUCACACAGUUAGAUCAAAGAUUUGUAUUGGAUACUAUACAUCAAAUGGUUAGACAUUCCCAUCAUUUACUCAACUCAAACGGUAUGGAAAAAUCUUCAUUUCCUCUGGAACAUUUGCAACAAAUUGAUGUGACUUUGAAUUUGUUCUAUUUGUUUGGAGAAAUUUGCAAAGCCAGUAAAAAUGAUCACUUCUGUCAAAGUUUUCCUCAUCAUGAAACUAUGGUAUCAAUAAUGUCUGUACUGUGCAGUGAUUCCUUCUCUCGUUUACCACAUGAAACUCUUCAGUUGCAGUAUUUCGAAAUAAUGGUUCGGUAUGAACGUUAUUUUUCGCUAGUGCCUGAACACCUCUUGAAUGUGAUGCUCGCAUUUGUUGAUGAUCGAGGUUUGCAUAGUCCAUGGCAUAGUGUUAAAAUUCGCUGCGCUUAUUUAAUUAAUCGCAUUAUAAAGUCACACAAAAAAACUCUUCUUCCACAUACCGAAGAAUAUCUUUCACGUUUCUCCGAUUUAUUAGAAUUGUCAUUAGAACCAGAUUCUAGUGUUUUAAAUGGUGAACUAAAUGGAAAUGUUGGUUUUGUCAAUGGAAAUACAUCGAAUUUUGGAAAAUCUGUUAAAACAGGCUUGGGUAUUACUGAACAGGGUUUCCUUUAUGAAGCAGCUGCGCAACUUAUCGCUGCAGGUGGUAUCCAACUGCCUAACUCAGCUAACAGUAAUAACAACGGAGAAGAUCGCGUCGGAGAAUUAUUUCGUGUUCUACUUACUCCUGUUAUGAUUCAGUAUGAUCAGUUUGUGACAAAGUAUGUUACUGAACAGAAUCCGAAGGUAGCUGACGUUCGUGGAAUUUUAGUGAAACAAGUUACUGAUCUUAUUACAAAAACUACUCGAGUAUUUUCUCAGCCAAAGUCUGUUAUGACCUCUGGAUGUGAAGCUGUGUUAAUUGAUGCAAUGCACCUCAUAAUUUCAGAAUUGUCGCGUUUCCCUACAGAAGCUGCUAGUCCCGGUCGACAAGCUGCAUGCGCCGGUGUUCGUGCAUUCUUGCAUCGAAUGGUUGCUUGUAUUGUGCCAACAAAUGAAUCUAACUCGAUUGGAUGCAGAAGCACUUUGACAUCGGAUAUUUUAUUGGUUGCGCUUGUAGACGCUGUUCCCAAAUUGGUAAGACCGUUACAGUCUACAGUCGCUUGUUAUACUAGUGCCAACCAAGUGGUAGAUAUAGCCGAUGCCGAACAACGUUGGAAAGAAAUCAGAGAUGUAAUCCCUCUCGUUACACAAGUAGUACUGAGAUAUAAGAACCAAAGCAUUCCAUUUUUAUCAACUUGUCUACCGCAUUUAAUGGAAGUUAUCAUUAAUGCGUUAAAUGAAUCAUUACCACCGGAUCAUCCAACAUUAAUUGAAGAAAAAAAGUUACUACGUCGUGGAUAUCUUCAAUUGGUUCAAACUAUAUAUCAAUCAGUUCCUGAUGUAUUUUCACAACUUAUUAGUGAAAAUAUUGUACAAAAUCUUUCUACAGUACUUGGACAAGUUCAAGCUUGCUUAGAGUCUGAUGAUCCAACUGGAUUACGUUCAGGCAUAAUAUUAUUUUUACAACUUAUACAAUCAGCUGCUCAUAAUUUACAAUUUUAUGAAGAUUUCUUGUUGCCACAUCUUGUUCCAUUUUUUAUACUUGGUCCAAUAUCUCCUGUCUUUCGUCUGACUGAUGGUCAGUUCAUAUUGGCUUUGGAUAAAAUUGCUGAAAGUCUUCAUGUUUUGUAUCAAAAACAAGAUGGAUUGUACACAUAUUUAAAAGAUUACUUUCUGCCACGACAACAGUUAUCUCCAGAAUUAAUUGAAUCUUACACAAGUGCAUUAAAAUCUAGUUUAAAAGAUUUUCAACUGUUUGUCAGAAGCUUCUAUGCACAUUUUCAUUGA